AUGUAUGCAUUGAUGGACCUGGAUCCUGAUGGAAUUGCCAUCAUGUCCACGUACAAGUAUGGGUCAUACCGGCUUGCUCACGAAGACGUCACGACGAAUGAUAGACCUGGAUUGAGCUUGCCCAAUAUCCGCUGGCUUGGAGUCAAGGCACACCAGAUCAGCCGAACUCCGGUUGGCGAGAGUGACACGGGUACAGGUGCGAUACCACGACUGCAGGGUGUCAUGAAGUUGACAUGGCGAGAUCGCGGCAAAGCGAUGAGGAUGCUGGAGUGGGACUUGUGCGCUGAUGAUGGCCCAGAGCAGGAGUGGAGAGGGGCAUUGCAGUCCAUGCUUAUGCUCAAUGGGAAAGCGGAGAUGCAAAUACUGGAUGAAUUACCAGAUGGGCUGGUUGGGUGGCUACACAGCGAACUUGUCCAAGAAUGUGAGCAGGCUGCUGUGCAUGAGAAUAGCCGGGCGACGAGGUUUCAAGUUGCAGAAGAUGGGAUGCUGUUUUGA